AUGUCCACGAAGAAAGAUUGGUUACCGAAACGUAUUUGUGUUCCGCGUAAGAGUCACCGAAUGAUUUCCUCUCAAAAUGAAAAUGCUGUAAUUUGUGAGUAUUCUCAGCCAAGUUCUGUGACUGAAGUUGUCAAUCAGAAUGAAUUCACAAAUCUCGAUGAAUCUAACUUUGAUUCCUUAUGUUAUCUUACUGAGUUGCAACGAGAUUGUUCAGAGCUCCCUUAUACAAAUCUGACUGUCAAAUCUCUUCCUCGUCGAAUAUCUUCGAAUAGUAUAUUGCGAAAACUCCACUAUUUGGUCAAACGUAACUCUUCAGAACGUUCUAUCUGGUUGCAUCAACGUUCAACUCAAAAUAUCCUUGAUUCUACUAAGCAUGGUUCGAAAACUUUUCAAGUUCUUAGAGUAUUUCGUAAUUAUUCAGAUAGUUUGCCUGGAUUAGUAGCAUUCGGUGUGCGUGAAGUUGUAAUACCUUUAGAAAAUAAAACUGAAAUAUCUAAUGCUAAUGAAAAUGUAUCAAACAAAUUCGCGAUCCUCCUUCUACCUAUUUCUGGUGUCCCUUUUGUUACAGAAGAGUUGUUUUCAUCCGCUGCAACAAAUUUCGUUUUAGGCAAUGAUUUAAAAUGUGGCGAUCUUGUUAUGGUAUUUAGUCCAUGGUUAACAUAUCCUUCUCAUGAAUUCAAUAGUUUGCCUGUGAUGUAUUCAUUCUUCUGGGUUGAACGUUUAAGACAUGAGGUUUUAAGUGAUGUAGAAAAUGAUUUUCCUAAUUCCCAAAUAAUCCCUCAUAAACCUGAACUAAUUACUUGUUCAUGUUUAAUAUCAUGUGAUCCAUUUAUUGUUUUGAAUUGUCCAAAACGUUUUAAAGGAUUAGCAGAACCAAAGUCAUCUGUCAUUCAAACGUUUCAGGAUUCUUCGGAAAAUAUGUUGACAGAAAUAUUUAAUAGGAAGUGUUUUUUAGUCUUGGGUUGCUAUCGAUUUUGGUUACUGAAGAAAUUAAGAUAUAUUCUAUUAGUUUGGCAUUACAACGAUUGUCCUGGACUAAUUCUUCUACCAGAUCAGCUAGUUCAUUCGGGUAACCUCAGUAAUCCUGUUGUUUCUUAUCAAGAUUUUCAUAUUGGAAAUGUGUACAUAUCUGAGUCACUUUUACAACUUCCUGAUAAUCAGUUGCAGGCUAAUGUUCAAAGGGAAAUACAUAAUCACUUAGAUGAAAUUAAACAUAGUUUGGAAUCGAAAUAUGCCAAUAGUUUAAAUCAUUUCAUCCAUGGUUCAAUUAAUCCCCAUAUUUCUAUCAGUGAAAAUACAUCCAUAGAAUAUUCAAACUGUUCAAUAAAGUUAUGGGAUGCUCGUGCAUCUCAUUUCAAUUUGAUAGAAUCAAAUUAUAUUCACUUCAAUUUGUCAACUCCAUACAAAAGUAACCUGGGUAACUAUACGCGCUGUUCGAUCAGUGGUUACUUAGUAUUUGAGCCAGCAGAAGGUUCACUUGUCAAAGAUGUUAUUUUCGAUUUGUAUAAUCAUGAAAGUAAAAAAUUGAAAUGUUCUUUAAAAAAUCUAAAUAUAUUUACUAAUGAACAAAAAUCUACACGAACAUUUUACUUAUGGAUUUCUGAAUCUGUUACAUCAACAUUAAUUCCAUGUAUUUGUUUAGUCGAUGUUACUUCACCUAUAGAGUUAAUUUACGAACAAUUAUUUGCUAUCUCUUCAACAUCAAAUUUUUUAUCUACUACUGGAUUUGGUGUUUAUAUAAUCAUUGAUCAAGGAUUAUUUUUUGAUAGUUUCAUUCUUCUAGAUCGUUUUACGUCACUUAAGACUGAGAAUUACUCUCAACAUUCUUCAUCGAUGUAUGCUUUAAAAAAUUCUCUCUCCAAACAGAUUUAUUCCAACUAUAUUUUAUUACAGUCACUUGAAGAUGUGAAUAAGUUACGUGUUCAUCAAAUUGUUAGUUUUUCAGGUACAUUGAUCCAUGUAGAUACGAGUCGAUCACAUGUUUGGUCUAUUUGUCCUUAUUGUGCAUGCGCUGAUUUUGAAAUAUAUUCUGGUGUUGAUAAUAAAGUCAAAUAUUUUUCUAAACAAGAAAAUUUGAAAUGUGUCCGAUGUUUAGCGCUUUUAUCAAAUCCUCUUGAACGAUUGGAAACAGAAGUACAAGUUUUAAUUAAUUUUGACAACAAUCAAUCCACUGUUAAUAAAUUGAAACGACAUAAAUCGUCUGUAGAAUUGACACUAAAUAUGGCCUCUUGGAGACUUUGCAAACUACUCAAUGUAACACAAUCAAAUUUGUUGAAGGGAUCGGGCCUUAAUGCACAAAAGUUACUAAAUUGUCAUUUAGACAAUGUAAUUGGAAUAGUUGUGCAUAUACCAAACAAAGUGUUUUCAAUUGAUAAUGUACAAAAGUACAAUGGUUAUUUGAGAAAUAUUUAUGUUAUCGAACUAGAUCAAAUGGAGAAUGGCAAUAAAAUGCUGUAA